AUGUACUAUGCGAAGUGGGAAGCAAUUGUGGCAGAUCUGCAGCCGUUACUCCUCAGCAAGCGUAUUCGAUUAAUGAUUGAUCGUCUUCCUCGUCUUUCCACGGAUCAUCUGCAGGCGGUUGCCGAGUGGCGUCGCGCAUAUGUGAUAUUGGUGUUCUUGCUCCAUAGUUAUAUAUGGGGUGGGGAUCAGCCAACCGAGAGGAUUUCGCCACAGCUAACGGUUCCGUUGUUUCAAGUCUGUGAGCGCCUGGAGGUGCCCCCCGUAGCGACCUACGCGGGAGUCUGUCUUUGGAACUACAAGCCAAUCUGCGCCGAUGAGCCUACCAAUGGCCUAAAUAGUCUUGCGUGCCUGCAGACAUUCACCGGUUCUCUCGACGAACAGUUGUUUUAUUUGGUGUCAGUGGCAAUCGAAGCACAGGGCGCUCCAGCACUUCCCCUAAUGCUCCAGGCGAUUACGGCCGCUCGCGCCGGCGACACGUAUCAGUAUCGCCAGUACGGUGGUGGGAGCAAUGCGCAGAGCUCGCUGAUCCAGUUCUUCGAUAUUGUCCUGGGCGUAGAACAUCGUCCGACCGGAGUCACUUGCAACGAACAGAAGAAAUCACGGUCUAUUUCAGAUACAGCAGAAUUAGGCCCCGGAUCUAUACAUGAAAUGCGCGAAUAUGUGCCCGGGUCCCACCGUCGGUUCUUGCAGGAUGUCGAAGCGGUUGCGAACAUUCGCUCAUAUGUUCGCACUCGGCCCACGGAUUUAGCUUUGCAAUCUGCGUACGACGCCUGUCUGUUAGUGCUACGAAACAUGCGCGACCGGCACAUUCAGGUCGUUUCCCGCUACAUUGUUGUCCAGUCCCGUAUGAAUCAACAAACCCCAGAACCCGAUAUGUAUCCUACGGCAAUGAAUCUAGCUACUUUGGGUCCGAAAAAUAGCAAAGGGCUCUUUGGCACAGGUGGAACGGCGCUUAUUCCCUUUCUGAAACAACCCAGGGAUGAGACAGGGGAGCCUGUUAUCAAUGCAUGGGCGCGACGACUACCGAGUCAGCCCAGCUCACUUGGACCGGGAUCGUUGAGUGAGGUCGAAGGGCAAGCAGGUGGUUAUCUUCAAGUGGUUGAUCUCUGCGGGACAUGGACAGCUGGCGAUAGCGAAGGUGGCAUCUGCCGCCGGUGA